UUCACAAAGAGUCAAAGACAAUCCACCCAACCAAAAGCUCCCUGUCGCUUGUGGCAGAAGCUCUUCCAUACUUGAUAUUAACAUACAAACCACCGUCCUCGAAACUAAAGUAAACAGACCAGUAAAACCCAAGUCAUAUUUCCUUCCACAAGCCUCCCUCGGCAGAUCUCCAUCAACCAACCCUCCACAGCUCCAGUUUCACAUCUCAUGUAAGUAAAUUUCUGUACUUUGCCAUUCAUUUCCACUCAAGUUCCUUCAUUUUCUUCUACUUUCUCUCAAUACCCACCAAAAUUUAGUUCAUGCACUCCAAGAUCUGAUUGGUUUUACUACCUGGGUUUUCUUCAAAACUCAUGAAAGAAUCAAAUCCGACCACUGAGCCCAUUGGGCAAAACCUGAUAAAGCUCAUAAGCAAUCUCUGCUUCUCAGUGUUUGUGUUCUCAGUGCUUAUAAUCACUGUGAUUGCCAUCACCUACCAACCCCCAGAUCCAUGGCUGGAGUCAGCUCCAGCCUUAACAAAACUCUUCACUGAGUCUGAGAAUGCCACUUUCAAGAAUGACAAUUCUAUUCUCAAGACUGGUGAGGAUUUACUUGCCCCUGCCGUGCCUCCGGCUUCGGAGGAGCGCAUCACCGAGGCGGUGAUUGAGAAAUCAGAAGCCAAUAUCACCAACUCCACCCCACCCCAAUUGAAUUGUGAGGAUUUGGAGAGAGUGAAUUGCUCGGACCCUCGAGCUUUGAUUGCGGUGGAGAGGUUUAAUUUGAGGCUCUUUAAGUCCAUUGUGUUCUUGGAGUAUCAGACCCCGGUUAAUGGGUCGAAACCGGACGAGUGUGAUGUGUUGUGGAGGUUUAGGAACAAGAAGGAGAAGUCUUGGAGGAAGUAUAGGGAUUUUAGGAGGUUUAAGCUUGGAUUUGGAGUGAAGUGUACCUAUAAGGUGGUCCAUGCCGGAGGGUGGCAUUCGGGUAUUAAUGCUCGAAGGCCGAGGAGGAUUAGUAAUAGCACAAGGGGUGCUAAAAUAGCCCCAUCAGUUCGUGACGAACAGAUUAAUGAUACAAUCCCAAGCUUGGGAUCGGAUACGAAUUUUAGGAAGGGUAAGUACUUGUACUAUUCACGUGGAGGGGAUUAUUGCAAAGGAAUGAACCAAUACCAAUGGAGUUUCUUGUGUGGUUUAGGUGAGGCUAUGUUUUUGAACAGGACAUUUGUGAUGGAUUUGAGUGUAUGCUUGGCGGCGAGUUAUACUCCGAGUAAUAAAGAUAAGGAAGGGAAAGAUUUUCGAUAUUACUUUGAUUUUGAGCAUCUUAAGGAGAGUGCCUCAAUUGUGGAGGAGGGUGAAUUUUUGAGGGAUUGGAAGAAGUGGGAUCGGAGCCAUAAGAGGAAAGUGCCAGUUAAGAAGGUUGCGAGCCAUAAGAUCACACCAAUGCAACUCAAGAAAGAAAAGAGCACGGUUAUAUGGAGGCAGUUUGAUGGUCCGGAGCCAGAAAAUUACUGGUACAGGGUGUGUGAAGGACAAGCUGCUAAGUACGUACAGAGGCCAUGGCACGCUCUUUGGAAAUCAAAGAGAUUGAUGAAUAUUGUUACAGAGAUCAGCGGGCGAAUGGACUGGGAUUUUGAUGCUGUUCAUGUUGUGCGAGGAGAGAAGGCACAAAAUAAGGACCUUUGGCCUCAUUUGGAUUAUGAUACAUCCCCUGACAUGCUUCUUGAGAAGGUAAAGAGGAUGGUUCAGCCUUGGAGGAAUCUGUAUAUAGCCACUAAUGAACCGUUCUACAAUUACUUUGAUAAACUGAGGUCUCAGUACAAGGUUCAUUUGCUUGAUGAUUACAAAGAACUGUGGAGUAAUGCAAGUGAGUGGUACAAUGAGACUAGGAUUUUAAACGAUGGACGACCAGUUGAGUUUGACGGGUACAUGAGGGUUGAAGUGGAUACUGAGGUCCUUUACAGGGCGAAGACGCGUGUGGAAACGUUCUAUAAUUUAACCGGAGAUUGCAAGGAUGGAAUCAACACAUGCUGACCAGGUUGGAGAAACCUCUAGUUGCUUAUUUCAUAUUUUGAUUCACAUUUCUGAGUGAUACUGUUGAAUUCAGGUCAGGCUUAUCGUUGUAUUUGCUUGUUCUUUUAUUUUAUUGAUGGUUGGAAAUUCAAAGCCUAUAUUGUACUAUAGAUUCAACUCAUUUUGACAUCCACAUCAAUUUAUCUCUUACAAGCUCUAGUAGAAUGUCCAUCUUCCCGAAUAUAAAUUACCUGCCAUUAUCUUUU